AUGAGCCUCGGCCUUGUUGCCAGCUUGGAGACCACCUCUAUAGAUGGCUGUCUUGCGGAGCUCGAUCGCGCCAAGGACCGUCAGGUCACGGUCGGUCCGUUCGGUGUGCUUGACCUUGGCCAGGUCGAGCAAGAAGUAGACUUGCAACCUGUAGCACCGCAGACUGAUCCAGGCCUCGCCAGCGACAACACAUUCCCGGAGCCGGACACAACUAGCCCUCUCUCCCUUGACACACUUCUCGGCCUCGACAACACCUUACAGUGGGGAGAUCUUUUCGACGUGAACCCAGGUCAUAUCUUCACCACUGAUGCGAGUAGACUAUGUUUUGACCCUCCGGAUUUGUCCGACUCGACGUGGAAUUGGCCUGACCCCCUUGAAGCAUCGAUGCAGAUCGACGGCAUGGAUCAACGCACCCAGCCAUCCGGGUCAACUAACUCGGGCUUGAAUCGAGUUCCUCCGACUGUGCCUCUGGUCCAGUCACCAGUCGCCAGCCACCACGACGCGGUGACGCCAGAGGUGGCCCAAUUCUUGCUGAGUCACUUCCGAGCCAAUCUAAGCAGCAUCACAAGGACGCUACCGACGGGGCUCAAGUCGCCGUGGGAGAUCCUCAACCUGGCUUUUGCGGUCCAGACCUUUGCCGACUUGAAUUUUUUCGAGGCAAAGAACCUGACGCACGCGGCCCAGGCAAAUUAUUAUGCCGUGCUCAGCUGCGCGGCGUAUCAUGCCAGCGCGACCCCAUCAAACCGAGGUUGCUCUCCACAGCCUCUCACGGAAGACUUGGCCUCUAAUACACUUAACAAAGCCAAGCACCACAUGCAGAUGUCUCUGAGGGCUGAGGUGCAGGGGAAGUCAAAAGCAAAAUACAAGGAUCAACUCAUGGCCAUUCUGAUGCUAACAAAUCAUUCGAUUAUCACGGGCAACGAAAAGGACGCGCGUUGUUACAUACUUGACGCGGAACGUUUGCUUCGCCUAAGAGGUCUCGCCAAGCGCCAUAUCUCCAGGCGGGUGCGCCUGUUGCAUCAUGUCUACACAUGGAUGCGCAUCAUAGGCGAGAGCACGUAUGUCAUCCAUGAUUACAGUAUACAUGGGUCGAACAUGGAAAGGCCUACUCCCCACCCACAACUUGACUCGUUACAGGCCGGGGGAACUCCGCAACUGCAAGACCCUCAGAAUGGGUGCCUGGACGACUUUCUCAGGUUGCAACCACACGCUUCCGAUAGCGAUCUCGAGAUCGAAGAGCUCAAAGAGCACGAGACCGGGCGCCGGGACAUUCACCUCGAGGACUCCCGUGAAUCUUUAGACACCCUCUACCCCCAGGUCUAUGGGAUACCCGAGACGUGGCUGAGCCUCGUAUCUCAGGUCACAAGGCUUGCUAAUCUACUUGACGUGGUGAAGUCCAGACCCAGCUCAUCAAGUUUCGAUUUGUCAAACUCUCUCCAGAAGCGGGCAAAGUUGCUUGAAGAAAUGAUCUGUGGCUUCGCAUCCCGGCCCACAAUGUGCUCUGGAGCGCACCUGUCGGAUGAGGAGAGCCAGCGCCAGGCUGCGCACAGAGAUGGGCCCAACCCUCACAUGCUGCGGGCCUUGAACGCUGCCUUGGAGAUACUCUUCUACCGCCGAAUCCGUGACCUCCACCCCCGCAUACUGCAGGGAUACGUUAGUGAUGUGAUAGAUAGCCUGAAAACUUUCGAGAUGGCGUUGGAGUCCCACAAGCUCGAAGGGCCUUGCCCGGUGUGGCCCGUUUUUAUAGCUGGUUGCGAGGCUAUCAGGCCGAGGGACCGCGAGUUUUUCAAGGACCUGACCCAACGCGGCGUGGAGCAAUUCGGCAUCUCUAGUUUCAAGACUGCCGCUGAUAUCAUGUCCAGGGUCUGGGAAAGACGCGAUAGGCCCUUGGACGAUCCGGGAGCCUUGAACACCCCUAGAUCAGGGGCCCUUUCCCGAGGCUCGACCAAGCUGCGAAGUGCCUCGCUACAAUGGACAUGGGUCGAUGCUCUGCGCGAGGAAAAGACCACGCUGUUUCUUUGCUAG